UUUGAAUUGGUUAUUCGGGUUCUUCGAAUACUGCACGUGUUUUUAUUUGCAAUCAAUGUCCUACCUUGGCCCAAGGGAUAUUCGAUUAUUGCAAUUUUAGGCUGCUACCGGGUAUACAAUUUGAACGACAAUAUGGACGUAGACGGUGAGGAAGAAACUCCACAAACCCAUACGAUUCAAGCUCGAUUUGUGUCGGAUGUGGGCGUCGAAGCUGGGCCACCGUUGGACCUGCCGGUGAACGUGACCAAAGAGCAACUUGAACUGAUUUUGAAUGCUCUACUGAAGAAUGAUGAACCCACGCCGUAUCUCUUCUUUGUUAACGACGACGAAGUUCGCGAGUCGAUCCAGACUACACUUGGCGCGAAGCAGCUUGACGUGGAAAAUGUUCUGGACAUUGUCUAUCAGCCGCAAGCAGUUUUUCGAGUGCGCCCGGUCACGCGCUGCACCAGUUCUAUGCCUGGUCAUGCGGAAGCAAUCGUGUCGCUCUCGUUCAGUCCUAACAGCUUACACCUGGCAAGUGGUUCCGGUGACACGACACUUCGGCUUUGGGACUUGACAACGGAGACACCACACUUCACCUGCACAGGACACAGAAACUGGGUUUUAUGCGUAGCGUGGUCACCAGAUUCGAUGAAGGUUGCCUCGGCCGAUAAGACGGGAGAGGUUCGGGUGUGGUGUCCCGAUACUGGCAAACUGCUGGGUCGUCCUCUGAUCGGCCAUAAAAAGUGGGUUAGCUGCCUAAGUUGGGAACCAUAUCAUAAGAACCCGGACUGUCGAUAUUUGGCAAGCGCCGGCAACGACAACGAUGUGAGGAUAUGGGAUGUCGUUUUGGGAACUUGUACGAAGACGAUAGCUGGUCAUACUGCGCCGGUCACCGCAGUACGUUGGGGUGGAUCCGGUUUGCUAUACACAUCUUCCCGUGAUCGCACCAUUAAGAUGUGGCGUGCCGAAGACGGCGUACUUUGCAAAACGUUUACCGGGCAUGCUCACUGGGUGAAUAAUCUUGCUUUGAAUACGGAUUAUGUUUUACGCACCGGACCCUUCCAUCCUGUCGUGGACAGAAGCAAAUCAUACUCGAUUUCGGACAAGACCGAAAUGCAGAAAUCCGCAUUAGAACGCUACGAGAAAGUAUGUCCAGAUGGUGUCGAAUCGUUCGUGUCGUGUUCGGACGACUUCACGCUCUAUCUCUGGAAGUCGAGCCAGAAGCAAUUUAUCACGCGAAUGACCGGCCAUCAAAAUGUCGUCAACGACGUCAAAUAUUCACCAGACGUAAAGCUCGUGGCGUCCGCUUCGUUCGAUAAGUCUGUUCGCCUAUGGCGCGCUGGUGAUGGAGCAUUUAUCUGUGCAUUCCGUGGACACGUGCAAGCCGUAUAUACCGUAGCGUGGUCAGCCGACUCCAGGUUGAUAUUGAGCGGCAGCAAGGAUUCCACCUUGAAGGUUUGGAGCGUGAAGGAAAGGAAACUUGCACAAGAAUUGCCCGGUCAUGCCGACGAAGUAUUCGGAGUUGAUUGGGCCCCGGAUGGUUCUAGAGUAGCUUCUGGCGGCAAGGAUAAAGUGUUGAAACUGUGGACAUACUAAAUCGAUUGCAUUAUGUGACUAACACAUAAAAGAAACAAUAAAUAAGGAAUCACACCAA